GCAUCUUUCAUUCGUUCGUGUGCGUGUAGAUUUGGGAUAUCGUGUGAGGCCGUAAGCCGUCCGCCCUUCACGUGAACCGCCGCCGCAUCUGCCUUGCUAGCUUCGUUCGUGCCGACAUCUUUCGUUUGUGUGCGUGUGGACUUGGGACAUCGUGUGAGGCCGUAAGGCCGUCCGCUCUUCACGUGAACCGCUCCCCCCGGACUUGACUAGAUCUGAAGGCUGUCAGCCACCUACUCUGUACCCUGAGACGAGCUCCAUGUCGUUAGGGAGCGAGUUCAACGAGGUACUUCACAGGCAGCUCGGGAUUUAUGCAGCAUGGCCUCCUGUUGUGGGCGGCGUCAAUGAGUUCGAGGUGGGAGACUACGGUGUCAUCCGAGGGGGCGUCUUCAGCUUCAUGGGAAAUCUCUCGAGGGACUUCCCCGGGAUUCCCGAGAUUGAAGUCCGGGAACUCGCGAGGGACUUUCCCGAGACUGAAGCCCAGAGCCAUCGAGGACGCCGCCGUCGCCGCCGGCAUGGUGGAAGAAGUCGCGCUGAUGAGCCCGCUCCCACCUACGACAGCCACCCUCCCAUCUACGACAUCCAGUCGGGCAGAGUCAGGGUCGUUAGGGGUUCCGGUGGUUUGGCAUUCGGAUGGCUCCCGUUUGGCAAAGUGGAUGCCAGUGUCACGUUCCGCUUCCUCCGUGACAAGACCGCCUGGUUGAAGGGACCCGUCCAGAAGUCUCACCAGAUGGUCAACAUCCUUGCGGCAGCAGACCACCUUCGCCAGAACCCUCUGUGGAGGGAGUACUACAAGGUGGUGUCGAGAGUCUUCAUCGGUCGGCAUUGCCUAUUUGUGGCCGCGCACAAGAAGGGCACCAGCCUGGUGUUCAAGGGCGGAGCCAAUUUAUUCCACCAAGUCGAGUUCCCAUGGGAAGCCAAGGUGGCGCUUCAUGGGGAGUUCCACAACUAUGAGGGAGACGUCUUCCAGAGCAUCGGGGAAGAAGGCGUGGUGGGCCUCGGCCUCUUCAGCGUGAGCGACUACUUCCCAGAGCUCUACUCUCAGACGCCUCCUCAGACGCCGCCGCGCAAGGGGUCCAGCUGGAGCCGCAGGACGAGACCUAAGGCGGUAGAGAGACCCCACCUACACCACGCCAGCCUGCAGCCCUUGCAGGCCCCGCCUGCACUACCGCCGCCGUCCUCAGCAGAGGUGGCUGUCGCCAGGCUCACAGGGGGUGUGAGGCAGGAGCUGGAGGCGACGCCUGAAGUCCCUGAACGGGUAACCACCGACAAGCCCACGACUGCCCACGCAGGAGAGGUAGAGGGACCCCACGUGCCGUUGCCUCCCAGCGGCGGUUCAAUCCUCAUCAAGACCCUCACCGGUGAGUCAGUCAGCGAGUGGGACACAACUUGGGCAGGGAAACCACUCGCUCCACAGGGAUCACCGCUGAUUCCUCGACCCAUCGUGUCUGGCUUUUGCUAUGUGAUUGCUUUGUAUGUGCAGGCAAGACCAUCACGGUGGACACAGUAAAGCCUUCUGACACCGUCGAGGACCUCAACGCGAAGAUCAGAGACCAGUUCCCCUUCCCUCCUCAGCAGCAGCGCUUGGUCUUCGCCGACCAUGAGCUCGAAGACCGGCGCACCCUGGCGUACUACGAUGUGUACCAGGGGGCCGCAAUCUAUCUGAUUCUCUGUCUGCGGGCCGGCGGCUCUGAAUCAAAUCAGCCUCUCGUGUCUCAUCCGGUCGACGGGACAGACGAGGAAGGGCGGUCAAUCGUAUUUUUGCUGCACACCGACUGGGGAGACAAGCUCACAGACCACGACAUCGAAGGUAGCGCCCCUCCCCCCUUGGCGCCAGCGGCGACAGCAGAGGCCGACACGAGCCAGCCAUACUUGCAGGCCCCACUCCCAGAACGACGGCUGCCGAGGGCUUCUCAGUAG